GCUGCGUCGCCUUCUACCCCAGUUCCCUUCCUCCGGAGAAACCGUGUCCCCCUCUCCCUCCCCCGAUCGACAGCAAUAGCGGCGGUCAAAAGCUUCUCUGGCGACGACCCCUCCAUCCCCUGUCCGUGUCUUCUUCCCCGUCUUCACCUCUCGUAAUCUCCGCGAAGGAGUAGCUCACGCACCGCCCGGAGCCUCCCCAGAUCGCCGCGGCCAAGCUGAAUCGCCACGGAUCUCGAGUGGGCGGCGGAGAAGUGGAGGGGCCCAUGAGCCUCGCCGGCUCCGCCCUGGAGGCGGCUCUUCAGGCGGUGGGCCGCGGCCUCGACGCCGCCGGCGACCACCGCCUGCUCUACUGCAAGGGUGCCGGGAGGCUCGUGAAGCUCGACGAGGCCCGCGCGCGGGACCUGCCUAUCAGCGGCGGCGUCCUCUGCAGCGUGCCCCCAGACGUCGAGGUCGAGGGCUACCUUGGCAGCCCCGAGCGCAGUCGCCCGGUCUCCCCUGGCGCGGCCCCCGGCGAGCCCUUCGUCUGCAGCUUCCAGAAGAUGGCUGAACAUUUCAACAGGAAGGCAGGCUUGCUGGAAACAGUACCGCUGGGUUCCUUUAACUCGCUUUUUAGCUUUACGGGUGCUUGGAAGAAUGAUGCAGCUGCGACAAAGUCCCUUGCGGUCGAUGGCUGUUCUGUGCCUCUGUAUAGAGUUAAAAUAACUAGUGACCAGCUGAUUCUUCACGAGAGUGUAAAGCUCGCGAUUCCACAUAGUUGGGAUCCAUCAACAUUGGCUAGCUUUGUCGAGAAUUAUGGUACGCAUAUCAUUACUUCUGUAAUGGUUGGUGGCAAGGAUGAAGUAUACAUAAAGCAGCAUUCAUCAUCCCAAUUGUCUGAAGUGGAGUUUAAAAAUUAUGUGAGAGAAAUUGGGAACGAGAGAUUCUCGAAUGGGGAAAGCAAGUCAGAUGCAGCCCCCAUCAAUUAUACUGAAAAGGAUAUGACAGUAAUCUUCAGAAGGAGGGGAGGUUGCGAUCUUGUUCAGAGUUCUGCUGACUGGAUAAGAACGGUUUCCUCAGCACCAGAUGUCAUAGGCAUGACAUUUCUCCCUAUUGUUUCACUCGUUGAUGAUAUGCCUGGGAAGAAGCACAUUGCACGUGCAAUUGAUCUAUACCUGACAUACAAACCUCCAAUUGAAGAACUACAAUACUUCUUAGAUUUCCAAGUUCCACUGGUUUGGGCUCCAGUACCACCGGGUAUUGCUGGCCAAAAUAGAAAGGAGCCCGUGUGCCCAUCGCUUCAGUUCAGCUUGAUGGGUCCAAAGCUCUUUGUUAGCACAGAACAGAUAUCUGUUGGGCGUAGACCUGUCACUGGCCUCAGGUUGUGCUUGGAAGGAGCGAAACAGAACCGUCUGGCUAUUCAUUUGCAGCACCUUGGCUCAUUACCAAAAAUAUUUUUACCUCAUUGGGACUCCCAUAUCACGAUUGGACCACCAAAAUGGCAAGGGCCUGAAGAGCAGGAUAGCCGAUGGUUCGAACCAAUCAAGUGGAAGAAUUUUGCUCAUGUCAGUACUGCGCCCAUAGAAUACACUGAAACAAAUAUCACGGACCUGUCCGGCGUUUAUAUUGUCACAGGAGCACAAUUAGGAGUGUGGGAUUUUGGUGCAAAGAGUGUACUCCACCUUAAACUCUUGUUUUCCAGAGUUCCUGGGUGCACGAUUAGGAGAUCAGUGUGGGACCACAGUCCAAGUUCUUUGAUGCAUAGGACUGAUGAAUCUUCAUCGUCCUCAAGUGAUAAUGCUAAACUUGUGAAAAUUGUUGACAUGACUGAGACGUUGAAGGGCCCACAAGAUGCACCUGGACACUGGCUGGUCACAGGAGCAAAAUUGGGUGUGGAGAAGGGCAGGAUUGUUGUGCGUGCAAAGUACUCAUUAUUAAAUUAUUGACCAAAAUGUUGAGAGCAUUCAUUCAUUCACUCUGCUAUGAAGCAGUAGCACCCUGUUUAAAGAUAGCAUUUUGUUCUUUUGUUCAUGUGUGGUACUGUAUGUAACAUCUGUGGAUUCCUGCUUCUUGUGUUGAUGCUGUGAGCAAAGUAGCAUCAAGAUGUUUUUGUCCAGUUCAAAAUAUCUGACCCCAGUCAUCUCUUC